GUUGGGAUGAAGCACAGUCGCAGACUCAAAUGCUCUCUAGUGUGUGAGAUGAACAAGAAGUGACGAGAGAGAAAGAUGUUUUCGAUGUUGUUCAACCUCUCCUCGUUCUCCCGACCUAGCGCGACCUGAGCAGUCAUCGCCUAGGAUGGUAGAUCUACGUAUUGUACACUCACUGUGAACUUAUUUUCGUUCGGCCAGGACGAGAAACGAGAAGUAGUGAGCGUCAAUGAUGUGGUACUAGAAGUAGAACCAGUACGAGAAUGACAGCACAACAAACGACCACCAGGACGAGCAGGGGAAAUGCAGCUGCGCCGACAGUAAAAACAUCGGCUCGUCGCGGCCGUUCCGCCCUUUUAUUCUCGCGCCUACCCUUGGUGAUCAAGAGCAGCUCUUGCAUCCUUCUGUUCUCGCCCGGAGGUGUCUCUGGCAACCGUAACGGUCAAUCGUCGCAACAAGAUAAAUCUUCUAGUGCUAGUGGACGACCAUUGGCAUCAACUUCAGCCGCAGGAGAAGAUCAUACCGCUCUCUUUAGUACCGGCCUACCGCGAUCCGCUUCCGCUGCAACCUCAUCAGCAAGAACUGCGGUGUCGUCGGAUCAUCGCGCUUUUACCACCGGAAAAGCAGAUAGCGUGUUCCUGGACUCUGUUGGCGACGUCGAUGAAGAUUCUGGUGCUGCGUUACUACUAGAUGGAAAUGGCUCAGUGUCGGCUACCACGUCGGGCAGCAAGGAGAGAAACAAUGGUAGACUACGACGCAACACGAAAACGAAAUCAGGAUCAGCUCCAAGAACAUCUUCCUCACAGUCGGCUAGUGAACUACAACUGGCUUUGGAUCAUCCCAGCAUGAUGCCCCAUGAUCAUGUGCCUGGUCACGACGUGAGCGUCGAUUCUGCGCCAGUACAGCGCGUGAGCAAGUCGUCGCCGCUGGAGCUGCACCCCCUCCAAGGAGACAACUCGACUAAGAACAAGAAGUCACCACCUGCUGCCGUGCGCAAAGAAAAAGAUGGAAGUUCUCUGUCUGUUCAGCAAGAAAAACAGCACACAACAAGCAGAACAACUUCGGGAAGAGACGAGUCGUCGAGAAUAAACGCAGCAGACGUCUCCUCGAAGCAGAACAACCCCGGGCAACCUCCGUUCUCCCGUCAGCAACAUACUGUUCCGGCGGAAGGAGCAAGCAGCUUCCUGGAACAAGUUUUGCUACGAAUCGUCUCCGUUCCCAAAUUUACGAAGCGUCUGCGCCAGAAAGCUUUCGGAAGCAGAACGGAACCUGCGUCAACCGGCAAGAACCUCCUCCUGCAAACCCAGCAUCUGAAGAGCAACCGAGCAAGCGACCACGAGCCCAGUUACCUCAUGACGGUGACGGAAUAUUGUGAAGCGGAGGCAUAUCGUAUGCAAGAGAAAAUAACCUGGGUACGUUUAAGUCUGUAAUGCGAUCAUGCAACACGAACACUCACAGUUACACUUGUCAACAUGCUGGCCAGCCAUGGGAAGCUAUUUGUUUUUCAUCGCGUUUUGUUUUCAACUACUAACUAGUUGAGCAUCACAUUAACAGGCUUUCUGUGUGGUCAUGCAGAAGAGAUUUGUCAUGCUGUCUCUCCACGAGACCUACACUAACACAGUUUUUCUCUUGGAUAUAUCGGACAUGCAUACCAAGCUCUACUUUCCUUGAUCCAUCGGAGAUCAAAAGAGUGUCUGUAAGCGGUUCAGGCCGUUUUUUCACAUUGAGAUGAUGAAACGCAAACUAGUCCUUGGCGUCAUGUACGAAUUGUCGUGGCAGUCGCUGUCCUAUCUAUCAUCCAUUUUCAGCUUGUAGCUCAGACGAAGCGCCGUCACAGCAUUGGUCUCUUCGAAUACGUAUCAAGAAGAGUUGUUCUGUGUUUCAUACUACAGAGAAGAAGAAUGGCGGCGGCGACACGUGUUUUUAUGCGUGUAAGGACUACUACUACAAGUGCCACGACCCGCCUCUGCACGUAUUUUUGAUUUCGAUAAUAAAUAGCUAUCUUGGUAUGAACUUCUGAUUCUGGUCUGUUUCCUACGGGUGCAGCUCCACAAUUUUUUUCAGUAAAUAAUUUUCUCUACUUCCUCGUCCUAUCCUACCCAAUCCCGAUGCGUCAGCAUAGACCAUGCGAAGGGCGCAGCCGGACCCCGGGGGCGCCACUUGGAGGCCGCACCAGUACCCCCUUGUUUUGUCCGUAGGUGGCACACUAGGGGGUGCCAAUCAUCAUCACGGGCAAAGACAGGUAACGAUGCAGGAUGCACCUGCUGCAGCAUCUACAUCUGCAUUGGCAGGACAUCUCCAGCUUGCAUGGGCAACAGCAACAAGCUUGCAUGGUCAUCGACAUGAAGGGCAGCAACAUGGUAUAUCAGGCAGCAAUUUGUCGCGCACGCAAACUCCCACAGGCCACGGGAGCGACAGGCUUUUGUCCGUAGGUGGUACACUUGGCAUGCGGGAUAGGGACCAUGACGAGGCAAAAAUAUACUGCUACAGAUGCGUGAUAAGUCUCGAGCUCAACUCACUAUGGCUCUGUGACCUGGAUUUUUAUUUUGCAAUAGAAUUUCGCAUCGCAAAUGGAAGGUGUUCCUUUUCUCAAUAUGAUCGUUCUGCACUCCUUCGACCUUUCAUGGAAGAACACUUGAUGGCACAGCAAAGAUUUGCCAUGCGCAGCUUGACGUCGGAGCUGUGAUCUUCUUCCUAGAGUCUGUUUUAGUGCUAGCGCAGCCAUCAAAGAAUAGAUUGUCACUGUACACGGAGCUCAAAUCAUACAAGAAUAUCUUUCAGUCUUCCGAAGCAGCGCAUGCAGUGCACAGGGGAGAUCCAGCUUGAGUUCAUGUCCACUGCACUUCAACAUUCUAAACCCCGGAGCCGACCUUGACCGAAGGAGCAACUUUUAAAAUCAAAAACCGAAAUUCUGACUACAGCAAGAGGCGCUGGCUGUUCAUAGCCUUAGCACCAACUUGGCGCCAGCCUACUAGGCUAAGCAACAACGUCCCAGGCAUGGCACUCAUGCCGUGCCGGUAACUGCAACUGUAGUGCUCUACUAUCAUGCUAUUACUGACAGUUUCACGCAUUUUUUCAGUAUAUUCCUAGUACUGACAGUUUCACGCAUUCCUACGGGUGCAGCUCCACAAUUUUUUUCAGUAUAUAAAUUUGUGCGCACAGGUAAUCUCAAACUCAAACGCACACUGACGCUUGUGCAUGUUUUCAUUCGCUUUACAGCAACUCUUCAUGAAUUGUAUUGUCAUUAUGUGACACGUAUCCUGUGCAAAAGUAUCGUAUUCCGUAUUCGUAUAAAUGCAAGUCUUGUUGCAUUACAAAUCUUUUUCUUAAGGAAAAUCCGCAUUACAAAUUUGAUUUCUGAUGCUGACGAAAUUUGUAAUGCAUUUAUACGAGUACGAUACUUUUGCAGUUCAUAAUACGACUCCCACAGGGCCCCGACCUUGUGACCAAGGCUGAAGAAGAUCAGUGUAGCGACUCCUAUCAAAUGCAAAUGUGUCUGGGUCUGGAAGCAGGUUGCAACUUGUGAUGCUGUAUUUGGAUACUACAAAAGUCUGCAUUGCAUGAACAGCACAAGAGGUCCACGGAGAGAGGGCAUUUCUCAUGCGGUAUAUGCAUGAGAAAGCCCUCACAAAAUCUGUCAUGCUAAAGCAUGCAUCACAGACGUCAGGAGUCAUGCAAGCUGUGCAUGACAAACCUUGCAUCUUUCCAGAUUCAGACAUAUUUGCAAUGCAUAACUCCUGCUACGACGCAAUCGACCACUACGGGCUUUCCUGCCCGAAAUCGGAAUACGCCAGGGACGGUUCGAAACACGUCAAGGACGGCUGUACCUGGUUCGCGGAUCUCUUUGGCAGCUGUUUUCUCCUCCUCCUGUUCUGCGGCUGCGUGUAUGCAUUGCAAAUAAAGUAUCGCUCUAGUAUAAAUUGCAUUACAAAUUUUUAUUUUGGCAAGAAGGUAAAGUGCAAGUGGAAUUUGUAAUGCUGUCUUUCCUUGAGAAAAAAAAGUCAUGCACAUUUGCAAUUAGUACGAGUACGAUACUUUUGCACAGGAUAGCGUGACUGCCACACCCAUCUGCUGUGCGUUUUUCUGCAUCAACUACGCAACGAACCGGCAGCCUGUGGUGGUGGUGCAGCAGCCGCAUCCAGAAGAAAGCUCAAUGUGGCACUGAAAUUUAACUCUUCAGGGCAUCAACACUGAAGCGAAAGCAAAAAACGGUUGAUUAAAACGAUGCACUUUAGUACACAAAGCAGAUACUUAAUAUUGCAGUAGUGUCUAAAUAUUGACGCCCUCAGAUAAAUAAGUGAUUCAUACGAACAAAAAGAACUCGUCCUCGACCUCCGCGUCCGUAUUGUAAGUUUCACCGAAGCUGCGGUUCCGGAUCGGAUGAAUGUUAAUGUAUGUGUACGAUUGUAGUUUCUCUUGCUAUUUCACCUCCUCCGGCGCUCUCCGAACGUCGUGCGCUUUCCUGAAAUACUCUAGCUCCUCUCCCCCACCGCAACAGCUUUGGAAGAUAGAUAGAGAGCCCUGUUGUACCAAAAGGGUGUGCGUGUGAUGUGUACAAUAAACGAACGAUGAACGAGCAAAUAAUUUUGUAGAUUGCAUAUGCUUAUGCAAGAACAGGGCGCACCAGAAAUGUUCGACUUGUUUGCCUGCUGCGCAAUCCAGCAAUUUCUCCACUAUGACAGUGCGCAAUAAAUGCCGUGGUCAAUCGGCAAC